GCAAGGCGACGCCAGGACACCAGUGACCCGAGCGCGAAGAUUCGGGGGUGGGAAGGUGUGAGCCGCAAACCCAGAGGAGCCGGGAAAGAAGAGGAGGCCCGGGGGUGGUCCGAGGACAGGCGUCCCGGCUGCAGAGGCUGCUCAGCCUCCUCACUGGUUGGCUGGCUAGUUGGCUGACUGCCGGGCUAGCUGGCUGCCUGCCUGCCUGACCGACUGCCUGCCUGCCUGCCUGCCUGCCUGACUCACUGAGUGACUGGCUGCCUGCCUGGCAGCCUCUGGCCGGACGCUGGAAGCUGCAGCGAGCGGCGCGCGGAGCCGAGCCAUGGCCUCGAGUGGAUAUAAUCCAUAUGUAGAAAUAAUUGAACAGCCAAGGCAGAGGGGAAUGCGGUUUAGAUACAAGUGUGAAGGGCGAUCAGCAGGCAGCAUUCCAGGGGAGCGCAGCACGGACAACAACCGGACAUACCCAUCUAUCCAGAUUAUGAACUACUAUGGAAAAGGAAAAAUAAGAAUUACAUUAGUAACAAAGAAUGAUCCCUAUAAACCUCACCCUCAUGAUUUAGUUGGGAAAGAUUGCAGAGAUGGAUACUAUGAAGCAGAGUUUGGACCAGAACGCAGACCUUUGUUUUUUCAAAAUUUGGGUAUUCGAUGUGUAAAGAAAAAGGAAGUGAAAGAAGCUAUUAUUUUAAGGAUUAGUGCAGGAAUCAAUCCUUUCAAUGUCCCUGAACAGCAGCUGCUGGACAUUGAAGAUUGCGACCUCAAUGUGGUGAGGCUGUGUUUUCAAGUUUUCCUUCCUGAUGAACAUGGUAACUUCACAACUGCUCUGCCUCCCAUUGUUUCUAACCCAAUUUAUGACAACCGUGCCCCAAAUACUGCAGAAUUAAGGAUCUGCCGUGUGAACAAGAACUGUGGAAGUGUCAGGGGAGGAGAUGAAAUAUUUCUGCUUUGUGACAAAGUUCAGAAAGAUGAUAUAGAAGUUCGUUUUGUGUUGAAUGACUGGGAAGCCAAAGGUGUUUUUUCACAAGCUGAUGUACACCGCCAAGUAGCCAUUGUUUUCAAGACUCCUCCAUAUUGCAAAGCUAUAUUGGAGCCUGUGACAGUGAAAAUGCAGCUGCGGAGGCCUUCCGACCAGGAAGUUAGUGAGUCCAUGGAUUUCAGAUACCUGCCAGAUGAAAAAGAUGCAUAUGGCAAUAAAUCAAAGAAACAAAAAACAACUCUGAUUUUUCAGAAACUGCUGCAAGAUUGUGGUCACUUUACUGAGAAACCAAGAACUGUCCCUCUGGGGUCAACUGGAGAAGGAAGAUUCAUCAAAAAAGAAUCAAACUUGUUUUCUCAUGGUACAGUUUUGCCAGAAAUGCCCAGGUCUUCAGGAGUUCCAGGGCAAGCUGAACCCUACUAUUCUUCAUCCGGGUCCAUCUCAAGUGGAUUGCCACAUCACCCGCCAGCCAUACCCUCAGUGGCCCAUCAGCCUACAAGCUGGUCACCAGUGACUCACCCCACCUCACACCCAGUCAGUACAAAUACCCUGAGCAGUUUCUCAGGGGGAAUACUUUCCUCUAAUUCACAAGGUAUCCUUCCAUUCCUAGAAGGGCCUGGUGUGAGCGACUUGAGUGCGUCUAAUGCGUGCCUUUAUAAUACUGAUGACCUAGCUAGAAUGGAAACACCAUCCAUGUCGCCAACUGACUUGUACAGUAUCUCUGAUGUCAACAUGCUAUCUACUCGGCCUCUGAGUGUGAUGGCAUCCAGCACUGAUGGCAUGGGGGACACUGACAACCCAAGACUUGUGAGCAUCAAUCUCGAAAACCCCUCAUGUAAUGCCAGGUUAGGCCCAAGAGACCCGAGACAACUACAUCAGAUGUCCCCUGCCAGUAUGUCAUCGGGCACCAGUUCCAGUUCUGUUUUUGUUUCACAGUCAGAUGCAUUUGAUAGAUCAAACUUCAGUUGUAUAGAUAAUGGCCUGAUGAAUGAGCCUGGACUAUCAAAUGAUGCAAAUAAUCCUAACUUUGUUCAGAGCAGUCAAUAUUCAAGUAUUAACACUCUGCAAAGUGAGCAAUUGAGUGAUUCCCUCACAUAUGGUUUUUUUAAAAUAUAAGUUGUAGGACUUAAAUAAGUAUAUAGAAUAUUAAGAGAAAGUUCAGAAAUCAAAACUUUAAAAGCAGCUACUGUUUCUUACUUUGAAAAAUAUGCCUAAAGUCCAUGUGCUUGAUGUCAGUUGUUUUCUGUAUUUCCCCAAGACAAACUAUGUAUCUUUUCUAAUGUAUUAGUUAAAUGAGAUGAUAUUUGCUUUCAAGCAGAUUUAAGGUGAAACAUGUAAUGGCUAUGCCAUUGGGAAAUAAACUCAUCAUUGUUGUUGAGGCCCAUAGGC